AUGUCGGAUAUGAAGGCGUACUUGGCAGAAAAGUAUAUGUCCGGACCGAAAGCGGACGCGAUUCUGUCACGUUUUGGCCCUCAAAAGAAGAAGAAACGAAAGGCAAACGAAAUCUCGACUAUACAGGCAAGUGGUUACACUGUUCUAGACAAUGACGGCGGCUGGGGUGAUGACGCGAAAGAGGAAGACGAAGAUUUGUCGGAAGCUGUCAUUGAGAAGGACAGAGGAUUCAAGAAGCGCAAGAGGAUGGGAGAAGAGGGUUCAGGUUGGGCGACAUUAAAUCCGGGCAUAACAAGAGAGCCGACACCCCCACCGCCUGAAGAUGAGAAGCCUUUAGUUGUAGAAACGGACACUCCUUUUGUUGGCGGCCUGGUUACUGCUCGACAACUGAAGAAGGUUCUGCCUCAAGUCAAUUCGACAACGCAGCCAGAGGAGUCGCUUACUGCCGAGGAUAUUGCAAAGGCGCAGGAAACGGUGUACCGUGAUGCUACUGGCAGAAAGAUAGAUACCAAGACGGCACGAGCAGAAGCAGCGAGGAAGAAACGAGAGAAAGAGGAGAAAGAGGCACAGAAAAUGGAAUGGGGUAAAGGGCUCGUGCAGAGAGACGAGGCAGAGAAACGGAGGCAGGAGCUGGAAAGGCUCCGGACCAAGAACUUUGCGCGUCAUGCAGACGAUGAAGACCUGAAUGCAGAGCAAAUGGCCAAGGAACUUUGGAACGAUCCCGCCGCUGCAUUCUUAACGAAGAAACGCUCAAAGGGACCACGGAAACCUCAAUAUACUGGACCUCCGCCGCCACCAAAUCGAUUUGGAAUAAAGCCGGGGUACCGGUGGGACGGUGUUGAUCGUGGUAACGGGUUCGAAAAGAAACUGUUCCAGGGCAAGAACGAAGUGAAACGGAAGGGACAAGAGAGCUACCAGUGGAGCGUAGACGAUAUGUAG